AUGCUCGUCAACGAACCCGAGUCCGCGCGCCGGCCGCCGCGCGUGCGGUCCCUCGACGUCGUGCGCGGCUUCGCCGUGCUGCUCAUGAUCUUCGUCGACGACGCCGGGUCCGCCUACGCCGUCCUCGACCACAGCCCCUGGGACGGCCUGACGAUCGCCGACGUCGUCAUGCCCUUCUUCAUCUUCAUGGUCGGCGUGUCGGCGGCCCUCGCGCUCGGCGGCAAGCGGACGCUCGCGCCGGUGCUAAGGCGCGGCGCGACGCUCUGGGUCGUCGGCGUCGCCGUCCAGGGCGGCGGCUUGCCGGACCCGACGACCUACGCCUGGGGCUACGACCUCGGCACGGUCCGCUGGUGCGGCAUCCUGCAGCGGAUCGCCGCGUGCUACGUCGUCGCGUCCGCGCUCGUCCUGUGCUCGCCGCGCGCGCGCCGCGGCGGCCUCGCGACGGCCGACGACGGCGUCUUCUUCGGCGCGCUCGCGCUGCUCGCCUCCGCGCCGGCCUGGUGCGCGGCGCCGGGCGUCGCGGACCCCGAGGGCUUCCUGAGCGGCGUCCUCGCCGUCGCGACGGCGGUCAUAGGCGCGCUCUUCGCGCGGUGCCUCGAGCGGUGCCGCGCGCCGCGGCCGGGCCGCGACAGCGACGACCGCGGCGGCGGCUACGCGCGCCUCGUCGACGGCGACGGCGACCGCCGCGGCGCGCUCAUGCUCCACUGGGCCCUCGCGUCGCUCGCGCUCGCCGCGGCCGCGCUCGUCGCCGUCGCCGCGGGGUCGCCCGUGAACAAGCAGCUCUGGACGCCGUCCUACUGCCUCGCCACGGCGGCGCUCUGCGGAUUCGCGCUCACCGCGGCCGUCGCGCUCCUCGGCGACCUCGCCGACGGCGGCGACGACGCCAAGUUCCGCGCGGCGCGGGCCCUCGCGGAGCCGCUCCGCCGCGCGGGAAGAAACGCGCUCCUCCUCUUCGUCCUCGGCGCGUCGGGCGUCUUGGACACGUGCCUCGGCGCGGUCUACGUGACCUCGGGCGACGGGAGGCGGCGCAACGUCGUCGACGUCGCGCGGGACGACCUCUUCCGGGCCCACGUGUCCGGCGGCGGCACGCGGUCGAACCCCCACGCGCGCGCGGACCUGCUCUUCGCGGUCGCCGUCGCCGCCUUCUGGGCCGCGGUCGCCUGGGUCCUCGACGCGCGCAAGAUCUACUGGACGGCCUAA